GUGACGCCGGCGCCCUGGGCUUUUUGCGCGGGAAAAGGGAGCCGCCCACCUCUGUUCUGAGCGUCGCUGGAGUCAGGUUGAUUUCGCUGAGGUCGCCGCCCGCUCCGCACCGCUGCCGGCCAUGGGGCUUCUGGAGCUGUGCGAGGAAGUGUUCGGCACCGCCGACCUUUACCAAGUGUUGGGCGUGCGGCGCGAGGCCUCAGACGGCGAGGUCCGACGCGGCUAUCACAAGGUGUCCCUCCAGGUGCACCCGGACCGGGUGGGCGAGGGCGACAAGGAGGACGCCACCCGCCGCUUCCAGAUCCUUGGGAAGGUCUAUUCCGUUCUGAGUGACAAAGAUCAGAGAGCAGUGUACGAUGAGCAGGGAACAGUGGACGAGGAUUCUGAUGUGCUCAGCCAAGAUCAGGACUGGGAGGCCUAUUGGAGAUUACUGUUUAAAAAGAUAUCUCUAGAAGACAUUCAAGCUUUUGAGAAGACAUACAAAGGUUCAGAAGAAGAGCUGGCUGAUAUUAAACAGGCCUAUCUGGACUUCAAGGGUGACAUGGAUCAGAUCAUGGAGUCUGUGCUGUGUGUGCAGUACACAGAGGAACCUAGGAUAAGGAACAUUAUUCAACAAGCCAUUGAUGCCAGAGAGGUCCCGUCCUAUAAUGCCUUUGUCAAAGAAGCAAAGCAAAAGAUGAAUGCAAGGAAAAGGAGGGCUCAGGAAGAGGCUAAAGAAGCAGAAAUGAGCAGGAAGGAGUUGGGGCUUGAUGAAGGAGUGGAUAACUUGAAAACACUCAUUCAGAGCAGACAAAAGGAUCGGCAAAAGGAAAUGGACAAUUUUCUGGCUCAGAUGGAAGCAAAGUACUGCAAACCUUCCAAACGAGGAGGGAAAAAAACAACUCUCAAGAAAGAAAAGAAAUAAUGGAAUUUUCUCUUCAGAAGUCCUUAGGUGUUAAUUGAUGCCAUCAUAGGCAAGGUGCCAUCAAGAUUUGAAGACAAAAGUUAACCCUUGAGAAAAGUUGUCUUUCAAGCCUAAAUUAUUCAGAUCAACUAUGUAAACCAAACAGAAUCUCUCAACCUGAUCUUUGUAUAUCCUGGAAACACCCUGACAUUCUGUGAGGUCCUCCUAUGAAGGAAUUUGGUGGUGAUCAUUGAGGGAGCAGAAGGGUAUAUGCUUCCUGACAGCACUCUUCUAUGGGUCUUCUGUAUAAGGAACUGUACCUAGAAUGCAGAUCUAUCCCUGCCACGUUUAGCAGUUGUCAUUUUGCCACACAGGAGUGAGCUGCAGGGUAUUCAGUGGUGUGUGUUUAUUAGAACAGGUACUCUACCUGGCCUUCAACACACUUGCUGGACGUCUGUCUUCCAAACACUUGCCAGUUUGCUUUCAGUCUUAAUGUUCUUGCAUAGACCCUCUCCUUUUUGUUUUACUCAACUAAGUUUUGCACUCUUUGCUUGAGGUUUAAAGGAGAAACAGGUGUUCAGAUAACUUCAAGCAUCUUUGUAAGAAUUAUACAUGAUUAAAUAAACAAGUAAAAAAAUGAC